AUGGCCUCCAAUGCUUUCCUUCUCCUGGCCCUCACCUCCUCCAUCUCCUUCACAGCGGCUGUCCUGUUUGGUGAGCCCAGAAUUUUUGGAGAGGAUGCCACUGGUUAUGGUCCCAUCUUUGAGGAGGAGCCUGUGGAUGUGGUUUACACUGAAGGUUCACCCGAUGAGAGAAUCUCCAUGAACUGCAGGGCACGGGCAAACCCACCAGCUUUAUACAGGUGGCGUCGUGAUAACUGGGAGAUCAAACUGAUGGAGCAGCCAGACGAGCACUACAGCCUUGUUGGGGGGAACCUGGUUAUCACCAACCCCAAACAGAAGAAACAUGCUGGGACGUACGUCUGCGUGGCCAAAAACAUCUACGGCACCGUCAUCAGCAAGGAGGCCAGGGUCAAGUUUGGAAUUUUGGAGGAGUUUUCUGAUGAGGAGAGAGAGCCAGUGUCUGUAAAAGAAGGACAGGGAGCAGUCCUGCUGUGUGCCCCUCCAAAAGCCUGGCCCCAGAUGGUGACCUACCGCUGGAUUUACAAUGAGUUCCCAGUUUUUCUGCACACAGAUCGCCGCAGAUUUGUCUCUCAGAGGACAGGGAACCUGUACAUCUCCAAGGUGGAAGCUCAGGAUGCAGGGAACUACUCCUGUUAUGUUUCCAGUCCCAUUAUCGGGAGGAGUGUCUUCUCCAAGUUCAUCCCCCUCAUCCCUUUACCCCCUGAUGAGGGUGAGGAAAGAAAGUACCCAGCAGACAUCAGGGUGGGGUUCCCAGACACAACUGCCAUGCUGGCCUCUAAUAUUACGUUAGAGUGCUUUGCUCUGGGAAAUCCCAUCCCUCACAUUGUUUGGAGGAAGGUGGACGCCACAGAUCUCCCAGCAAAUCACGAGAUCAGUGAAUCAGGAGCCGUGCUUCAUUUGUACAAUGUGCAGUAUGAAGACUCGGGAGCAUACGAGUGUGAAGCCAUCAACACCAAAGGGAAGGACUGGCACAAGGCCUGGCUCUAUGUGGAGUCUGCCCCGGAGUGGGCUGAAACUAUCAACAACACUCAGAUCGACAUCGGCUCAGAGCACACCAUGCGCUGUGUGGCGUCAGGGAAGCCCUUCCCUUUCAUCCGCUGGUACAAAGACGGAUAUAUGUAUGGUAAAGGUGAGCUGAAGUUUUCCAGUCUGACUUUUGAUGACUCAGGGAUGUACCAGUGUGUUGCUGAGAAUUACUGGGGCAUCAAAUAUGCCAAUGCUGAGCUGCGAGUCAUUGCUUGUGCUCCUACAUUUGAGUUUAACCCUGUGAAGAAGCAGCUUCUUGGCGCUAAAGACGGACGUGUGGUGAUUGAGUGUAAACCCCGAGCUGCUCCUCGACCUCGGUUCACGUGGACAAAGGGCAAAGAGCUGCUCUUCAACAGUUCACGCAUUUCCAUCAUGUACGAUGGGACUCUGGAGAUCCUCAACGCCACCAGAAAUGAUGAGGGCACCUACACCUGCUUUGCUGAGAAUGAUAGAGGAAAGGCCAACAGCUCUGGUUAUCUUACCAUUACAGAGGCGACCAGCAUCACCGUGGCUCCUGAAGACUCUGAGGUUAAGGUUGGCGAUGAGGUUAUUUUGAGUUGCUCUGCUUCAUAUGAUCCCAUGCUGGACAUCACCUUCAUCUGGGCCAUAGAUUUCAGAGUCAUUGACUUUGACGCUGAGUGGCAACACUACGAACGUGUUAUGAGUGAAGAUGGCAGAGGUGACCUUAGAAUAAAAAAUGCCCAGAUUUGGCACGAGGGUCGCUACACCUGUACAGCUCAGACCGUGGUGGACAAUGAUACAGCGUAUGCUGACCUCAAGGUUGUAGGUGUUCCUGGACCUCCUGGUGUGAUUCGGGUGGAAGACAUUGGGGACACGUGGGUGAAGCUAUUGUGGACUAAAGGAGCGGAGCAUAACAGCCCCAUUCUCUACUACACCAUUCAGACAAGGCACUACUGGGCUCUUUAUGAAGAUGACUGGAGAAACGCCAGCACCUCUCCAGCUUUCCUUGAUGGCAGUGUGGAGAGGGCAGAGGUAACAGACCUGUACCCCUGGAUGGAGUACCAGUUCAGGAUCAUCGCCACCAAUGAGUAUGGCUCCGGAGAGGCCAGCAUCCCCUCCCUCAAGAUCAAAACCUGGGAUGCUCCUCCAGUGGUAUCACCCACUGAUGUGGCAGGUUAUGGAGGUAGAAAUGGCGAGAUUGUCAUUACAUGGACACCUGUGCAGCCGUGGUAUUUCUACGGCAAGAAGUUUGGUUACAUCGUUGCAUUCAAGCCUCAUGAUGCUUACGACUGGUGGUACGAGACCAUCUCAGACCCUGAGACGAGGCGUUAUGUCCACAGAGACUCGUACUUCAUUCCCACUGCAGAAGAUUUCCAGGUGCGAGAGUUUCAGGUGAAGGUCAAGUCGUUUAAUGUGAAAGGAGACGGACCGUACAGCCUCACCAAGGUCAUCUACUAUCCACGAGAUGUACCUACAGAGCCUCCGACAGACGUCUAUGCCAGGCCGGUGUCCUCCACUGAAGCUGUGGUGUGGUGGUUGCCAGUGGUGGACACUGGAACGGGCCUGCAGCAGUACAUUGAGGGAUACCAGGUCAAAUACUGGAGAAAGUACGAUGACCCAGAGCCGGGAGCCCACCGUAUAUUUGUUCCAGCUGCAGUCAAUCAGACCAGGCUGGAGAACAUGCUGCCAGACUCACACUACCUCAUUGAGGUCCGUGCCUUCAAUGGAGCCGGCCUCGGGCCACCUGGUGAACACUGUGAGAUGUUCACAAAGAGACCACCACCACCGGAGCCACCAAGGAUGUGGCGCUAUAUCAGCUGGACAGGAAAGUGGCUGUAUGUGUGGUGGGAUCAUAUCCAAUACGACUGGUUUGGCAAUAUUUCCUUCCCACUGUACUACAAGGUCAUGUUCAGAAAGACAGGGUACAUCUACGGGAAAGUCUACAUCACUGGCUGGCACUUCAUGGACUUCCCCAUGCCUCAGGUUGGCGAUUAUGAGCUGAUGGUGCGUGGUCGUUAUGAAGGAGGAGAUGGACCAGUCAGGAAGAUUAGGAUUAAGGGUAAAGCAUCUAUGAUCACGCCCACUCUAAGCCUGGCAUCUGUGGUGCUUCUGGCGCUGUGCAUUGUGGGAUUGGAAAUUUAA